GCUUGAAAUCUUUGAAAUUUGACGCUGCAUCGAUGAACAUGGAUGGCACAUUUAGAAUCCGAAUCUGACAUUUUCAAGACGAACAAACAAACGAACGUAAGCCCAGAAGAGUAGGAGAGGCUGAAGCCAGCAGGUGUGGCGAAGGUCUUUACUGAUCUGAGCGUGAAAUCUCGCUACUGCACAUCAGAUGCCAUCCUGAUUAUGACGUGUGGAGCCUAAUCAAGUUGCGUCAAGUCUACGUGACUAUCUUCUACCUCUCUGUACAGAAGUCGCAACCUUGCCACCUUGCCAGCGUUCCAAAGUUCCAAAUAUCUUCCCUCAUUUUGCUUUCGAGGCAAUGGAUGCCCUUGUAGUUGGGCUCAUGUCUGCUGAAUCUGGAAUACGGGUCCAGGUUCUUCAUAGAGAGACUCCAAAUUCCUGAUCUGCCGAAUUGUUCCAGAAGAACGACAAGGAGAAGAAACAAGGCCUGUGCGAUUAUGAGCUGAGAUGCUUGUCUCACAACCAACGACCUGCCACGAACCCGGUGAUGGCAACCAUCAAGGUCGUAGCCACGGUUCCCGGCAACGAGCCUGAUGCUGAUGACACUCCCGUGGGGGCAGGUGCUGGGGCUUCUGCUGCCAGAACUACUCCAACGGUGGAGACUGCCACAGCUGCGAUAAGGACCUUGGCGACAGCUGAUCUCAUCAUGAUGGAAGCCAUUCUCUGUGUGUGUGUGUGUGUAUGUUAGAGAGAGAGAGAUAGAGAGCGAGCUACGCUUUCGGUCAAGUAGAGGUCUCUGUCAGAACUCAGGAGCCAGAAAAAGAUUUGAGAAUGGGGAUUGCAAGAGAUGAUGGAAUCACUGAACCACCACAAUGUAUUAAUACGGAUCACUAAACUGCGAAAGCUUUGUCCACCGAUGCAGAAUCUCAUUUUCCAGAUCGAUCUGUAAUUCAAUCCGUCAGUCUCUUCUGGCAUGUGAUAGUGGCCGCAGCAGUCGACCAAAAUCAACGCCUUUUGUUUCGGGGAUGGGAAACGGACUGACGGAGGUGCACCAGGUGGCGG